AUGUCCCUCUUCACAUGCGGCCUCAAGGAUCCUCCAUGGCUCAACCCUGCGCUUCGUCUCAUCCCACCGCCUGUCGAACCGUUAUGCAGAGUGGGCCUUAAGAGGGCCUUCCUCUCCCGCCAUCUUCAGAGAAGACAAUCAAGGCACGCUGCGUCAAGGCGCCGUGCACUCAUGUUGCUGCAGGGUCGUGCACCGACCAAAUGUGCAAGGCGUGUUUUGAGAAAACUCUGUCGUUUGUUUCUUCAAAAAAUACAACCGAGGUCGUCGACCAAUUUCCGUCUCUGGCCACCCGCUCACCUCGCUCGCUACCAAGAGAAGGUGAUUGAUAUUCUACAUUUUUCCGGAGAGUUUUCAAAUCCCGUUUGCUCUCGAUUGUGCACGCAUGCAACAUCUUGGCAACAUAACCAUCGUGCCUCAAGGCUCAAACCAAGGUUGAACGUUGAGUUCUUGAAGUUGGGUCAAAAGCUUGAGGCUUUUUACAGUCCCUCCGCCUCCACCGACGCCCUCCCCACCAUUAGCUGUCGUGUCACAGAAGCCAAAUCCGCGUCUUAUUUAACUGUGGAACGCUCCAGUCUUGGUAUCUUGUUUAACUUCCACGAACAUGUCGGCGCCGACAGUUUCUCCGUCAUCGCUUUACGCCGUCUCCUACUUAAGCUUCGUUCUUUCUUCGAUGCCGAAGACGAGGCAGGUGCCCAAAGAGCAUUCAGGUUAUGCUGUCACCGCGUUUACGAUGUUAAAGGCGGCGGCUGUGAGGUUCACGGACUACUUGAUGGACAAGUUAACCGCCUUUCUAAUGUUCUCAGUAUACGUGUGAAGUUGCACCGUGCACCUGACCGCUUUGCACUUGGGUUUAAGGCCGUUCCUGGGAAGAAACACACAUAUGAUGUGUAUAUGGCUGAAAGGGAAAAACCUGCGAUACCAUUGUAUCAACCCACGGCCGCCACUCUUGAUCAGCCCAGACGCAGCAUUUUGUCGUGCACGCGCCCUUCGUCUCUUGACGUGGCUGUCACAACUCAAAUGGUCCUCUCUAACCUUCGUCGAACGUCCCCUAUUGGUCGGCACCACCAUGAUCCGGCUUACCUUCCUCAACUAGAGGAGCUCCUGAUUGAAAUUACUCAACAAAGCCAAACUCUUGUGCAACAUUUUCGCGAUAAGGCAAAGGAUGCCCUCAAGGAGAUCGCAGAGCGGCGCAAGAGUUCAGAACGAAUCGACGCACUGAGGAACGCCGUUUCCCAUGCGGCUACAGGGAAACUUACCCCUGGACUUUCCUUCCUCGUUCAUAAUGACGACCCAUCUAUGUACAAAGUUUACCUCGUGGGCCUCUGGGAGGUUGAUCGUGAACUUGAGGAACUCGAGGAAAAAGCGACGCCUUCAGACACUGACGGCCAAGACUAUGGCUCUACGAGAUCAACCAUCGACUCGCGGGUGAUGCAUCUCUCAAAGAAAGCUCAAGGAAUUAGAGUUGCAGCAGAAGGGGAGAACAAGGGAACCUCAAGGCUCAAAGCUUGGCUUAAACGGGUCGUUCUUCCCGUCCAACAUCAGACCAAGCUAGAAUUGGUUCUCGACGUUGACGAGAAAGGUGCCAUGCAGUGA